AGUGAACGGGCCUUCCGGGAGGUCUAGGAAGUCGCUUCUCAGUCUGGCAGGGGGCGGGGUUUUCCCUCAGGCCGCGCAGUCUGCGGGUGUAGAUCAGAAUCCUGCUGACCGGCAGAGUGGCACAGGGAGGGGCGGGUCUGGACACGGUGGCUGCAGGCCUGAGGCGAGGGCCGCUCAAGGCUGCGGCUCUCUGGCCGGGAGGUGGCCCUUCAUUCCUCGAGUGUAGCUGAGGACCGAGGGCCCCUUCGGGGGCUCUUUGGAAGUCAGUGCCCAGGCCUGCAGGAGAGCCACCCUGCGCUGACCCUGCGCUGCUGCCGGCCUUCUCAGAGCAAGGAGCGUCCUCCUUCUUCCACCCCGCGGCUCAGGGGACCGCUGCCAUGGCUUUUCCCCAUCGGCCGGACGCCCCGGAGCUGCCUGACUUCUCCAUGCUCAAGAGGCUGGCCCGAGACCAGCUCAUCUAUCUGCUGGAGCAGCUUCCAGGAAAAAAGGACUUGUUCAUUGAGGCGGAUCUCAUGAGCCCUUUGGAUCGAAUUGCCAAUGUCUCCAUCCUAAAGCAACACGAAGUAGACAAGCUGUACAAGGUGGAGAACAAGCCAGCCCUCAGCUCCAGUGAACAAUUGUGCUUCUUGGUCAGACCACGCAUCAAGAAUAUGCGAUACAUUGCCAAUCUUGUCAAUGCUGACAAAUUGGCUGGCCGAACUCGAAAAUACAAAGUGAUCUUCAGCCCUCAGAAGUUUUAUGCAUGUGAGAUGGUGCUUGAGGAAGAAGGAAUUUAUGGAGAUGUGAGCUGUGACGAAUGGGCCUUCUCUUUGCUGCCUCUUGAUGUAGAUCUGUUGAGCAUGGAACUACCAGAAUUUUUCAGGGACUACUUCCUGGAAGGAGAUCAGCGUUGGAUUAACACUGUGGCACAGGCCUUGCACCUUCUCAGCACACUCUAUGGACCCUUUCCUAACUGCUAUGGAAUUGGCAGAUGUGCCAAGAUGUCACAUGAAUUGUGGAGGAAACUGGAGGAGGAGGAGGAUGGUGAAACCAAGGGCCGAAGGCCAGAAAUUGGACAUGUCUUUCUCUUGGACAGAGACAUGGACUUCGUGACGGCACUUUGCUCCCAGGUGGUUUAUGAGGGUCUGGUGGAUGACACCUUCCGCAUCAAGUGUGGGAGUGUCGACUUUGGCCCAGAAGUCACAUCCUCUGACAAGAGCCUGAAGGUGUUACUCAAUGCUGAGGACAAGGUGUUUAAUGAGAUUCGUAAUGAGCACUUCUCCAAUGUCUUUGGCUUUUUGAGCCAGAAGGCCCGGAACUUGCAGGCCCAGUAUGAUCGCCGGAGGGGCAUGGACAUCAAGCAGAUGAAGAACUUUGUGUCCCAGGAGCUCAAGGGACUGAAACAGGAGCACCGCCUGUUGAGUCUCCAUAUUGGGGCCUGUGAAUCCAUCAUGAAGAAGAAAACCAAGCAGGACUUCCAGGAGCUCAUCAAGACUGAGCAUGCGCUGCUGGAGGGCUUCAGCAUCCGGGAGAGCACCAGCUACAUUGAAGAACACAUAGACCGGCAGGUGUCACCGAUAGAAAGCCUUCGCCUCAUGUGCCUUUUGUCCAUCACUGAGAAUGGAUUGAUCCCCAAGGAUUACCGAUCCCUGAAAACACAGUAUCUGCAGAGCUAUGGCCCUGAGCACCUGCUGACCUUCUCCAAUCUGCGGCGAGCUGGGCUCCUAACGGAGCAAGCCCCGGGGGACACCCUCACAGCUGUAGAGAGCAAAGUGAGCAAGCUGGUGACGGACAAGGCUGCAGGAAAGAUUACCGAUGCCUUCAGUUCUCUGGCCAAGAGGAGCAAUUUUCGUGCCAUCAGCAAGAAGCUGAAUUUGAUCCCACGUGUGGAUGGCGAGUAUGAUCUGAAAGUGCCACGGGACAUGGCGUAUGUCUUCAGCGGUGCUUAUGUGCCCCUUAGCUGCCGAAUCAUUGAGCAGGUGCUGGAGCGCCGAAGCUGGCAGGGUCUGGACGAAGUGGUGCGGCUGCUCAACUGCAGUGAGCUGGCAUUCACAGACAUGACCAAGGAAGACAAGGCUUCCAGCGAGUCCCUGCGCCUCAUCUUGGUGGUGUUCUUGGGUGGUUGCACAUUCUCUGAGAUCUCAGCCCUCCGGUUCCUGGGUAGAGAGAAAGGGUACAGGUUCAUUUUUCUGACGACAGCAGUCACCAACAGUGCUCGCCUUAUGGAGGCCAUGAGUGAGGUGAAAGCCUGAAUCUUCCCUGGACACGUUCCCCAGUGGGAUGCAGGAGUUUGGCUCCCAGCUGCUAACAACAUGUCCACCAACUACCCAACUAAGAGCUGGGGAGCAUGGAAUUAUUUGGGGUUUAGAGAACAUGUCUGAGGAGAGAUUUCACUUCCUGCCCCCAGGUAUUUCUCUUGUUUAUGAAGUACAGCCCAUGCUGAUAAGAUAUGAGCAGGAAGAGGUAUCUUUUGCUAAAUCCUGUUUGAGUAUCAUUGUAAAUAAAGCCUCUCCUCUCAAAUGUAAUAUGUUUAGUUCUGGACAUGCACUUCCACCUUGAUGAGUGAAGCACAGGGGCCUUCCUGUGCUCCGUGGCCUGGACUCUGUCUUAGCUCUGGGCCUGGUCUGGUUCUUCUUUGAAGGUUGCCCUGUACCAGAGUUUCCUCAACCAUAAAAUGAGGGGGAUGGAUUAGACAGAUGAUCAGCAAGCACCCUCCCAAUUAUAAAAUUCUGUGAUUCAUUACACUUUAGAAAAAAUGA